CUUGCCGUACCGAGUUUAAUAUCAUAAAAUGACAGCCAAGUUCGUAGUAUUCCUGUGCGCGGUUGCGACCGCCCGCGCUGGAGGCUUAUACGGAGCCACUUACGGAGCUUCGUACGCCGCUCCCGUUGCCACAUAUGCCGCUGCUCCCGUAGCGUCAUACGCCGCUGCUCCUGUUGCCUCAUACGCUACAUACGCAUCAGCCCCCGUCAUCAAGAGCUAUGCUGCUCCUGCCAUUUCAACAUACGCAGCUCCCGCUGUGGCAUACUCCGCUCCCGUCGUGAAAGCUGUUGCACCCGCUGUGUCCACAGUCUCGUCAUACUCCACCCACACCGCCCACGCUACACCUGUGGUAGCUAAGACCAUCGCUCCCUACGCAACAUACGCUGCUGCUCCCAGCUACGCCACCACAUACGCGGCUGCUCCAGUCUACAAGAGUUAUGCGGCUCCCGCUAUUUCAUACGCCGCCCCAUCCUACUCAACCUACGCUGCUGCCCCGAUCGUAAAGAGCUAUGCUGCCCCAGCGGUUUCAUACUCUGCUCCUCUGAGCUAUGCUGCCCACGCUGCUCCAGUUGCUUACGCUUCGGCCCCUGUGUACAAAUCAGCAGUCACAUACUCAGCUGCCCCUGCGUAUUCUUACGGCGGUCUUGCAGGUCACGGCUGGGUGGUAAUCUUCUUGUGCGCUGCGGGUAUCGCGUCCGCCGGCAAUCUUCUUCACGCGGCGCCGUUGACAUACAGCGCACCUGUAUCAUCUGUUUCGUAUUCUACACAAACAACUGGCCACGCUGCCCCCAUCGCAACGUACGCCGCUGCACCAGUUGUUACUAAAACAAUUUCUCCAGCUGUAUCUUACCAGACCAUCUCAACUCACUCCGCGCCUGCAAUCGCCUACUCAUCACUCGCUCACGGCUCUCCUAUCGCGUAUGCAGCAAGACCAGUCGCCACUUAUGCUGCAUCUCCUGCUGUGUACUCUUCAGUAGCACAUGCCGCUCCCGUUGCGUAUGCAUCUGGUCCCAUCCUAAGCAAAACUUUGGCCUCUCCUGCCGUUUCCUAUUCGUCACCUCUGACCUACGCCUCCAGUCCGGUUUUGACUAAGACUUACGCAGCUCCGGCUUUAACCACAUAUGCUGCUGCUGCUCCUGCCAUCUCCACUUACGCCACGGCUCCCGUUCUCAAAUCUGCCGUCACUUACUCCGCAGCCCCAGCCGUUUCUCAUGUCACCUACACCGGCUUGGGAGCGAGCUACGGAUGUUCCUUACAACCAUAUAAAAGCAUCCGCCAAUGUUUCGAAUAUCAUUCCAACGUAACAACGGAACAAUCAAACAUGUACUCCAAGGUGAUCGUCUUCUUGUGCGCUGCUGGCAUCGCAUCUGCUGGCAACCUUCUUCACGCCGCACCGCUCGCUUACAGCGCUCCGGUUUCAUCUGUGUCCUACUCUUCACAAACGACGUCCCAUGGUAGCCCAGUUGCUACUUACGCAGCUCACUCCGCACCUGCCAUCGCUACCUAUUCUGCCGCUCCAGUAGUUGCUAAGGCAAUUUCACCAGCAGUUUCUUACUCUUCACUGUCCCACUCUGCUCCCGUUGCAUACGCAGCGAGCCCCUACGCCACCUAUGCAGCUUCACCAGCUGUUUCUUACUCCUCAUUGGCCCAUUCCGGUCCCGUCACGUAUGCUGCGCAGCCAAUUGUAACCAAGACCUUAGCCGCUCCAGCUUUGUCGUACUCUUCGAUCGCAAAUCACGUUUCCCCUGUGACCUAUGCUGCUAGCCCCAUUGUGGCCAAGACUUACGCAGCCCCAGCAUACACUACCUAUGCUGCUGCUGCUCCUGCCAUUUCUACUUACGCCACCGCUCCUGUACUUAAGUCUGCCAUCUCAUACUCUGCCGCCCCAGCUGUGUCUCACGUCUCCUACACCGGCUUAGGAGCUAGCUACGGCUGGUAAAUAAAGCAAUUGUUAAUACAUAGAACCUUUUAUUGUGUAUAAAUUAUUGAAAUGUAAAUAAAUGUUAUAAACAGUCAAUAAAAAUAUUAAAAGCA